CAACAGUUUAUGAGUCGCCAAGUUAAAUCUUCAAAGUUUGGUUUUUUUCGUUUUACCAAAUCAGAUUUUAUUUUUUAGUAAUCAUGGGUUGUGCUAAUUCCAAGCAAAAGCGAUGUAGGCAUUGCAACGCUCCUUAUUCGCCUGUUUCGAGAAGCUACUCAAUGCAUGUUCAUCACCCUCCUCAAACCGAAGGGGACAGCUACCAUGUUGUGGCACUCACUUCCACCACGUUGGGAAAUCUCAAACUCAAUUCCCCUGCCUCAAAUUACCAGCUACCUCAAAAUGUUGCUGGGAGUGGUGGCCAUGAUUUCAUGUUUUCCAAUGGCAAGGUCAGAGAUAGUGAAAGUUUCAGGUUUGGUAAUGGCAACUUAAUCCAAAGGCAAGAGAAUGAGAAGGAGAAGGAGAAGGAGAAGAAUGAAGCAUUAUUGGAAAGCAAGAAAAUACAAGAGUUUUCAAUGGGGCUGAUUGAGGCCAAGACUUGGUCCAAUAUGAUUGAGCAAAAGUUACCAAAAGUUGUUCCCAAGACACCAAUCAGAACACCACCUGGUGAACCAGAAACAAUCAACACAUGGGAACUCAUGGAAGGCCUUGAAGAUACCAGCCCUUUCCGUUCACCAAAUCACUUCCGGAGCUUCUCUUUUGAUGCCAAUGGCGAUUUUGGUGAUGAUCAUGUUGUUAAUGUUGAUCCACCCAAAUUGAGUGUUACUGCUUCUCCUAAACCCUUGUGGCUUCAGAUGACAGAUGAAGAAUCAAAACUCAAUCCUGUAAUCUCAGAUUUUGAUCCUGAAGUGAUUUCCUCAUUCAGAAAGUCCUUACAACAGCUCUCUCCAGAUAGCCCUUUUCACCUUCGAUCAGCAACAACUGAUGAAGAGAAACAAGGGACUAGAAAGGGGCUCUUAUCUGAGGAAAAGAAGAUAAAAGAUGGUGAUGUUGUUAUGGAUGUUAAGCUUGCCCCGCGUGGGAAGGAGAGGGUUGUUGUGUAUUUCACAAGCCUACGAGGGGUAAGAAAGACUUAUGAGGAUUGCUGCCAAGUGAUGCUGAUUCUGAAAGGAUUGGGAGUGAGGGUGGAUGAGAGAGAUGUAUCCAUGCAUUCAGGGUUCAAGGAGGAGCUCAGGGAACUUAUGGGAGAUGGAUUUGGUGGGGGUGGAUUGCCAAGAGUGUUUGUUGGAAGUAAUUACAUUGGUGGAGCUGAGGAAAUUCAGAGGCUGCAUGAGGAUGGGAAACUUGAGAAAAUGUUGGGUUGUUGUGAGAAGAUUGAGGAUAGUGGUGGAAGUGAAGGUGGAGGAGUAUGUGAGGCCUGUGGGGAUAUAAGGUUUGUUCCUUGUGAAACCUGUUCUGGAAGCUGUAAAAUCUACUAUGAAGGUGAUGAAGAUGAAGAAGAAUACGAUGGUGGUGAGGUGAGUGAGUAUGGAUUCCAGCGUUGCCCUGAUUGCAAUGAAAAUGGACUAAUUCGUUGCCCAAUGUGCUGCAAUGAAAAUGGACUAGUUCCCACUUUCAGGUGACACUUAACAGAGGUACUUAGACAAAAUUUUGAGUUUUAUUCUUCAGGGUAUUUUAUUUUGAGAGAUUUUGUUGUACAGUGAAGUUUUUGGUGUGUUGGAUACUUAGUGAAGAGUGAAUAACGUGUUCUAAUCA